CGCCUGGGCAGAAACGAUUUUAAAAUCGAUAAAUCUAUCAAAAAAAUCGCCUAUCACUAAUUAUCACAUUCAAUUUUUUUUUUUCGAAUUAAUUCGUUGCCUAUACAAUAAUAUGUGGUUCAUACCACACAUGUGUAUUUGCUCAUUUAUCCACUCUCCAAGAAUCACAAAAUCAUAUGAACACUUCCACCUACAAUUCAUGGGUGACAAGUUGUUUGAGAGUUUCACUGGACAGUGCAACUUGUUACCAGCAAGCGCUUUUUGUAAUUGUCAUAGUUUAAAAAGUUGAUCGUUUUUCUAAUUUGAUAUUAAGUUUAAAUUGUUCUAAUAACGAUAUUUAUAUUUGAACUGUUCAAACGAAUUGACUGAUUGUAAUGAUGGACGAAACUAAAUUUCCAGGUCUGUCAGAAAUUCAGCUUGGUAAUGAAGAAAUUUUUAAUUUUGAUCCCAAUAAUGAAAAUUUAGAAAUAUUAAAUCCACCAUUACAUAACUUUGAUGGAGUCUUUGAAGAUCAAAAUGAAUACUUUUUUACAAUGCCUAUGGAAAAUGGAAAAAUUGUUGAUUUGAACCUUCCUCAAUCACCUGAAAAAGAUCAAGAAAAUCUUGAAACAUGUACAACUGGUUCUGUUAAAUCAUCACCAACUGGUAUUAUGCCAUGCCAAGAUGAAUUUGGUGGUGAUAUUAAUUUUGAAGUAAUGCUUGAUUCUAAUUUUGAAGCUUACCGCCAGAAAUGGAAAUAUUCAGUUACACUGCAAAAACUUUUUAUUGAUAUUGAUAAAGUGCUUCUUUUAAAUUUUAAAUGUGAUCAUGAAAAAAUCCCAAAUAAUCAACCAGUAUAUGUACGUGCUAUGCCUAUGUACAGUGCAGCAGAUUGGUUGAAAGAACCUGUUAAUCGCUGUUUACAACAUUUAUCACCAAUAGACAAGUUUAACAAAGGUUUUACACACUUAGAACACGUUAUACGAUGUGAAAACGAUGGUACAACUUAUCAUAUUGAUGAAGUUAGCAAACGUAAAAGUGUAGUCACACUUUUAUGUAAACCUGAGCAUGGAUCAGAUAGUACCAGAUUGUCUUAUAGAUUUGUAUGCAAAACUUCUUGUCUAAGUGGAAUGCAACGACGUCCCAUAGUGGUUAUAUUCACAUUAGAAGAUAACACCGGCCAAGUACUUGGUCGUCGUGUACUGCCAGUGAAAAUUUGUUCAUGUCCUAAAAGAGACUUAGAACGCGAAGAAAAAGAUACUAAGUUGCAAAAGAACUCAGUGUUCCGUCGUACUAAGAAAUGUUUUUCACAAGAUAAUCAUCAUAGUAAUCAUCGUCGUCAUCAUCAUCAUCAUAAUAAUAAUAAUUGCGCUCCACCAAAUAAAAUUAUCAAAAUAGAAUCAACAGAAUCUGAAUCAGAAAAUGUAAACAAUAAUGCUAUUACAUAUACAUUGCCAAUAAAUUAUACAACCCAUAAGAAGGAGAACUAUAAAAAAAUAAUGGAAAGCAUAUACUCUGUUAUAGUUGGAGUUUCAUCUCUUCAUAAUAUUAAAGACACUCAACCUCUACUUCAAGACUUGAAAUCUAGGUUAAAUAAUCUAACAUAAUUUUUCAUUCAGAAAUAUUGCUGGAAUUACAAUUCCUGAUCUUGUACUGUUGUUGAUUUAUUAUGUUAUUGUAAUGAGUUUUUAAAUUUUUGUAAUUCAAUUUCAUACAAUUGAGCCUUUAAUUUUUGUU